AUGGCACUUUGGACUGACCCAUCUCGUCAGUUUCUAAUAUCAUCAAUUCGAGAUCGACCGGUUCUUUGGGAUAAAAACAUCACUUGCGAUCAAAAUUAUCGAAAUAUCAAAAAUGCCGCAUUUAUCGAAGUGACCAAUGAGCUCAAUCGAAUGUUUCCAAUGUGCACCAAAUUCAGUUGUAAGUUUUUCAAAAUGUUUAAAAAAAAAAGACGAAAUAUUCCAGGCGAAGAUGUUCGUUCGCAAUGGAAAAACUUGAAAGACACAUUCGUCCGAAAACUUCGCUGGUUAACCGAGGGAAAAUAUAACGAAGAUCCGACGAAAGAACCAACUUGGAAGUUUUAUCGAAUGCUAACAUUUUUGGAUGAUAAAGAAGCGAAAAGAAUGGCAAAUGUGUUGGAUCAAGUGGAAAGUUCUUCAUAUCACGAUCCAAUGAAUUUACAUUCAAUGCACACGAUGAAAUCAGAAGAUAUGACACAACAACACAAUUAUGAUUACAGUAAUCAUAGCACUUCAUCAAGUGAAGAACAAAUGCUCCAAAUGUUUGUUCAAAAUCCGUCGCCACCUUCUCCCCCACUUCCAAUGGCGGUUUCCUCGAUUCCUUGUAGCACUGAAACGAUUUGCGCCAAACCGCCGUAUACUCCACAAUCACAAAAUAGUCAGGAUAGUGAUGAUGAGCCAAAAAGGAAGAGGGUUGGUUCAAAAAAUGUUAAAAAUGAAAUUUUAAAAACAUAUUUUCAGCCAUACAAUCGUCGUCCAACAUCUUCUGACGAAUUCGAUAUUUUCGGUGCUUAUAUUGCUGCACAACUCAAACGAGUAACAGAAGAUCAUAGCCGCAGUGCGGCUCUUCGUCUACAAAAGAAGUUAUCCGAUGUCAUAUACGAGGAUCAAAUCCACUUAAUGGAAAAUCGCUGA